AUGCCUCAUGCCACAGACACGGAAUAUCAGCAUAUCAAGCUGAAGGCAUUGGCCCCAACCUUUGGGGCAGAGGUCACCGGGGUGAACCUUUCGAAGCCUGUGGAGAAGGAAGUGUUCGACGAGAUCCAUAGGGCGAUUGUUAAAUACGGCGUGCUCGUCUUCCGUCACGCCUCACUGGACGAUGCUCAUCAUGUAGCCUUUUCAGCUCUUUUCGGCGAGUUGGACGACAUCAAACCAUACCUUGCACUUGGCCGGAAGAAUCGGUUUCCUUUCGAUGAACUCUUCGAUGUGAGCAAUCAAGAGGAUGAUGGAUCCUUGAUCAAACUAGGCAGUAGACGGCAUCACACUGGUCUGGGCAAUUCCAUCUUUCAUGUGGAUUCCAGCUUUAACUCAAGGCGGGCUGGCUUCAGCUUACUGCGAGCUCACUCAUUGCCUCCGCCGGGACAUGGUGGCAACACAGACUUUGCCGACACAAGGACAGCGUUUGACGAGCUGCCUGAAGGCCUUCGCAAAGACCUACUCGAAAAUCAGUACAUUGGAGCUCAUAGCCUGAUGCAUUCCAGGAAGAAAGCAGCGCCCAAGGACAGCCAGUGGCUCAAGGACGUUGAUCCUGAGAAGUUUCCCUUUGGUCGUCAUGACGUGGUCCAGACACAUGGACCUAGCGGUCGACAGAAUCUGUAUAUUGCCAACCACAUGCACCACUUGGAGUACAAGCAUCCGAGGUCGAAGGAUUUUGUGGCCACGCCGGAACAACCCUUCGAGCGCGUGCCAGAGCCUCAGGGCACAGACUUGAUUGAGAAGCUGCUUGCGCAUGCCACGCAAGACAAGUAUGUGCUAAGUGUCGAAUGGCAGAAUGAAGGCGACUUGGUCAUCUGGGACAACACCUGUGUCAUGCACAGGGCGGGCCAAGGUACGUUCAUGGAGAAAUAUGCGCGCGAUAUGAGGAGAUGUACUGUCCAUGAUGGGAGUAAAGACGCAUGGGGAUAUAACGAGAAGACAACUGUCAGAAUGGGCCUGCCUUAG